CGCGCCGAGUUACUCUUGCCAUACUUCAGUCCGAAGUCGCCGAGAAUCGAGCAAGUGCCGAUCGCGCACGUUAGAAGCGCGCGCGACCAAAGUUCGCGCCACAUCGCGAACGAUUUUUUUUCUUGUCGAAAAAUCGACCAAGUUUUCCGUUGCGAACGUAAUUAAAUCACGACGCAGUAUCGUGUUUCACGAAGCCUCGAAGCACGACGAUGUCAGUCACUGCUAAGCGAGAAGAGUUCCGCAAAUAUUUGGAGAGAUCGGGAGUCAUGGAUGCCCUCACAAAGAUUCUUGUCUCGCUCUAUGAGGAGACAGAGAGGCCAACUGAUGCUUUGGAAUAUAUACGUAAAAACCUUGGUGGUAUUGUAGAUAAUACAUCGGAGAUUGAGAGUUUGAAAAAGGAAUUGGAUGAGUCUAAAGCUAAGAUUGCUGAACUCAAAUCAAAACUAGUGAAGUAUGAACAAAAGGAUGAAGUAAUGGCAGAGUAACCAUGAUGGACAAUAUAUUUUUGACCAGAGUUCAUGCUAGUCUUUUUUUUUUUUGUAAAUACUUUGAAAUACUGACUUUAGAGGUCAGUCUGACCCUGUGCCUUAUUAUUAUAAUAAAUAAUGUUUAAGGAAGUUAGAAUAUAAGAUAAAUUGCUAAGCUAUUGUGUAAACAUUCCAUUACACAUACAUGUUCAUUCAUUCAUGUAUUUUUAUUUAAGAACACGGAAAUUUAGUUAUUAGUUUUCGUAUAAUUUCUUUUCUAAGAUAAAUUUAUCGUAUAGUCUUUGACAUGUGUACUUAAUAACGAAUGUUGUUUGUACAGAGAGUAGAGAUCUCAAUAUUCAAAUAAAUAUAUCUUAUGUUUAU